UCCGACUACUUGUCAUCUGUCAAAACUUCAAAGUGCAUGCAAAAUUUCUGUGACGAUUUCUUUUUUAUAAAUUCAAGGCUGGCACGCACGAAGCGUUCGCCUUAAUUAAUCAAAGAAAUUAUUAAAAUCAAGAAUGUCUCGCAACAAGGAAAAAGAAGAAACCGACAAACAAACGCGUAUUGCCAUCGUCAGCGAUGACAAAUGCAAACCAAAACGAUGUCGUCAGGAGUGCAAAAAGUCCUGUCCCGUCGUCCGUAUGGGUAAACUUUGUAUUGAAGUCAGUCCCAUAUCGAAAAUUGCCUCGCUGUCUGAGGAACUUUGUAUUGGUUGCGGUAUUUGUGUGAAGAAAUGUCCAUUCGAUGCUAUUACCAUUAUUAAUGUGCCCAGUAAUCUGGAGAAGCACACUACGCAUCGUUAUUCCAAGAAUUCAUUUAAACUUCAUCGUUUGCCCAUUCCCCGUCCCGGCGAGGUCCUCGGUUUGGUCGGUCAAAAUGGUAUCGGCAAGUCGACAGCUUUGAAGAUCCUUGCCGGUAAACAGAAACCAAAUCUGGGAAGAUACGUUGACCCACCAGAUUGGCAAGAGAUUCUUGCUUAUUUCCGUGGAUCGGAAUUGCAGAAUUACUUUACCAAAAUCCUUGAGGACAAUUUGAAGGCCUUGAUUAAGCCUCAAUACGUUGAUCAGAUUCCCAAGGCAGUGCGUGGCAGUGUUGCCGCACUCCUCGAUCGUAAAGAUGAGCUCAAGAACCAAAAUGAGAUCUGUAAAAUGUUGGAUUUGACUCACAUCCGGGAUCGAGAUGUGGCUGCAUUGUCUGGAGGAGAAUUGCAACGUUUUGCCAUUGCCAUCGUUUGUAUCCAAAACGGAGACAUUCUUAUGUUCGAUGAACCUUCGUCGUAUUUGGAUGUAAAGCAGAGAUUAAACGCCGCUGUUACAAUUCGCAGUUUGAUUCAUGCCGACAAAUUCAUCAUUGUAGUAGAGCACGAUUUGUCUGUGCUGGAUUAUCUUUCUGAUUUUAUUUGUUGCUUGUAUGGAAUUCCUGGAUGCUACGGUGUGGUAACUAUGCCUUUCUCCGUUCGAGAAGGUAUCAAUAUCUUCCUUGACGGUUUCGUUCCAACUGAAAACAUGAGAUUCCGAACUGAAUCAUUGACUUUUAAGGUCUCCGAGUCAGCAACGGAAGAAGAAAUCAAACGAAUGAACCAUUACAUCUAUCCCAAGAUGACCAAGACUUUGGGCGGAUUCAGGCUGGCUGUUCAAGAGGGUCACUUUAGUGAUUCUGAGAUUCUUGUGCUGCUGGGAGAAAACGGUACCGGAAAGACGACCUUCAUUCGAAUGUUAGCUGGCAAUUUGGAACCCGAUGAGGGUUCUGGAAAGCUCCCUGUGCUUAAUAUUUCGUACAAACCACAAAAGAUUUCACCCAAAUCCCAAGGAACUGUCCGUUAUCUAUUGCACGAAAAGAUCCGAGAUGCUUAUGUUCAUCCACAAUUUAUCGCUGAUGUUAUGAAACCAAUGAAGAUCGAAGAAAUCAUGGACCAAGAGGUGCAAAACUUGUCUGGAGGAGAAUUGCAACGUGUUGCCUUGGUGCUGUGCCUGGGAAAACCCGCCGAUGUAUACCUUAUCGAUGAACCAUCUGCGUAUUUGGAUUCCGAACAGCGUUUAGUUGCAGCUAAAGUUAUCAAACGUUACAUUUUGCAUGCCAAGAAGACUGGUUUUAUUGUUGAGCACGAUUUUAUUAUGGCAACUUACUUGGCUGAUCGUGUGAUUGUACUUGAGGGUCAACCUUCGGUGAAUACAACUGCAUUUACUCCACAAUCCCUACUCAAUGGCAUGAAUCGAUUCUUGGAACUGUUGGGAAUUACUUUCCGUCGUGAUCCGAAUAACUUUAGGCCUAGAAUCAAUAAGAAUAAUUCAGUCAAGGAUGUUGAUCAAAAACGAUCAGGACAAUUCUUCUUCUUGGAUGAUCAAAGUAACUAAACGGGGAGAAAUCCACAUGAUUACCAAUCAUAUUCUUGGCUUCCAGAUGAUGAAUGUGGCUUCAAAGACAAACAACAACAACAAACAAACAAAAUUGCUUACUAUUAUGUUCAAAAAAAAAAAAGAUUCUUUUUUUAAAUAA